AUGGAAGUCGGUGGAUCCCGCGGGCCGAAUCAGCCUGCGCCGAUUGAAGAUGCCGAGGUUGGACUUGGACGACAUGCACUAUCUGACUCUGUGAUUGUGGCGACAUUUUCCGACGCAUUUAUCAGUUCCGAUGGCCUAGAUUUGAAAUUUGAAGAAAUUCGCACGACAAUAAUCAACUGA